AUGGGGUGUGGGAAGGGUCGCGCAGGGUCCUGUGAGACGUACACCGAGGGGGCACCCGCGAGCGAGCCCCCCAAGCCAGGCUGGGCUCUAACGCUGGAGGGGCUGGAGGCGAUGAGCCCCAAGCAGGGCCACCGCCACCUGCUCUUCGGCGACUUGCUGGAAGACGUGGGUGCGGCCGCCUCCAUCUUCCCACGCGAGUCAACGGAGCUGGGGUACGGUAUGCCGGACCCGCGGGCCUGGACGCAGGCCCUCGAGCCGCCGGCGGUGCGCCAAGACCGGCUGCUCGGCGUCCUCAAGGCCGCGGAGGCCCGCGGACGAGUCCGCGCCCUGCGGGUGCGCUACACCUGCCUGCGGGCCGAGGAGAUCUCGCUCCUAAUCCAGCGACAGAAGUCUGCGCGCGCCGCCAUCCGGCUGGAGCUGUUCCUGCCGCCGCAGCUGAAGCCCACGCGGAUCCCGGACCCCCUGGACCGCCAAGAGGUGCCUGCAAGCCCGGGAAGGGACGGAGAGGGGGCCCGCCCGCCCCCUGCACACCUGGCCACAGCCCCUCUCCCCGCAGCGGAGACGCGUGGAGACCAUCCUGGAGGAAAAAGUGGAAGGCUGGAGCUCCCUGCGCUGAGGGCCACGCCGCGGCCACGCCCCACCCUUCCGCAUAAAGUUCUCCUUCUCCAGUCCUGCUGGUCUUUACGCUCCCCCUCCAGGUCCCCCAGGAGGGAAAGGGGGUGUAGAUGCUGCCUCUCCCACAUCGGGCAUCACAGACAUGGGGGGGACACAGAAUGGGGCACCUCCAACAAAGCCAGAAGGUGCAAGGGGGUGGGUGUCAACAGGGGCACCCUUAACCCCCCAAAUCCGAGGCUGCCCCCAUUAGGCAGCCUCCUGCCCUGUGUGUCCUUGGGGCCGCCAGAAGGGACAAGAAGAGCCUGGCUCAGCAAUAGUCAUGGCUGCAGCAGAAGAAAGGGCAGCCUCAGGGAGAAAGUGCACCCCGAGGGGGACACCUGACUGCAGGUCAUCCCCUCAGAGGUUCAGGGAGGAAAGUGACAUUCUGGGCAGGGGAAGUGACUGCACAGGCCAAACCUGGCAUUUGCAGAGUUGGUGGUGCUGGGAGAUCCUGCAGAGAACUCAGGGACUGGGGAAGGGGAGACCUCAGCAGGGAGCCCCUGCUGCCCCUCUGGUUUUUCUUUCCAUCCUGAAUGGCCUCCUCUGCCCUGCUCCAUCUCCCUUUCCAGCCCACCACACACACACACACACACACACACACACACACACACACACAGGUGGGAGGAAACCACCCCUGUCCCAUCGGACAAACCCACAUCCUGCAAACCUUGAAGAUUCUGAAGAGCCUCCAAAUUUCUGGACAGACCUUUAAGAAUACUCUUGCUGUUUGCAGAGCCCAGGACUUCCCUCAGCCACUUCUCCCAGCCCCAGCUAGCAGGCUGAAGUGGGGGCAACAGGGACUCAGGCAAGCCCUGCCCCUGCCAGGGGGCUCCUGCUGAGUGGGCUGCAGCAGAGAAGAUCCUGGAGGUUGCAUUUUUUACCCGCUGAGGUCAAAGCUGGGGUCUGGCAAGGAAUCUUGCUCAGUGGCAGUCACUGUCCCUGUCCCAGCUCAGGAUGGGGACAGCCGCAGGGGGACCUGGGCUCUCUGUGCCCUCAGCAAGCCCUUCUCCUGUUGCAGUGACCCUUUGCCCUCUCUGGGCUAUAGCUGCCUUUGGCCUGGAUCACACCCAGAACCGUGUGUGGAACUGGAGUCUGGCAGCUCCAGGAGAGUGGGAAGAGGUGUGUGUGGAGCUGGUGGGAGGAAGGUGUUCAGGAAGGGGGGAGACAGAGAAGGUGGCUUGGGCCAGGAGAAAGAUAGACAGGGAUGGGGAGGCAAUUUCUGUCCAGAAAUAGGGGCCCCUCGCACCCUGACAGCCAGCCCUGGCCCUGCAGGGAGCUUGGCCAAGCUCCCAGCAGUCUGCACUCCAACACCUGUCUCUUAGGGAUGGACUGAGUGCCCAGGAUGAUUCCAUCUGUUUGGUGAAAGCACAUUUCAUUUCAUCAAUUCUCUGAGCCUCCAUUUCUUCAUCUCUAAAAUGGAGGUCUCAAGAGUCUCACUUGGCCCCAUGCUCUCUCCACACAGUGAUUACUCCACAAGGGAGGGGUCACUCUGCAUUAGGCAGGCACCUGAGGACAGAAGGACAAGACAUACUCACAAAGCCCUGAGAAGGCCAGCAACAAAUGGCUGCACACCAGCCGUCAAGCUGGCACACAGGGCAUCCUUUGAUCCCCAUGCUAGGAAGGGGACCCUAGGUCUACAGAGGAGGCCAAGGAAAAGUGGGGGGAGGGGGGCUUAGAGGUGGCUGCUGCUAUGAGCAAGGGAAGUAUGUGGGCCAAGGCUCAACUGGGGGCAGUGAGGGAUCAGGUGCGUUCUCAGGGCUGCAAACUUAUGCUCUGGACAGAAGGUCCAGGGUUCAAAUCUCACCUCCACCAAUACCUGCUGCAUGGCCUUGAGUGUGUUCCUGCCCAGCCCACCUGGGCUCCUCCCAUGGAAUACAGGGACACUCUACAGAGACAGACUCCCCAGAGGAGGUACAGGAGACACAGAAAGGCUGAGGCAAGGGAUAUGGAGAGCAGGCCCAAGUGGCCAGAGGAUAUGGGGGAGUGACCCAAGGGGGCAAAGAAGUUUUUAGACCCCCACCCACGGCCAGCUGCCCCUCACAUUUCUCAGCAGGUGGGUGGAGACCCCACACCAAGGGAUCAGCCUGACCUUGACCAGGUACUGGUGCAUCUUUGUAGGACCUACCUCUGAGGACUGUUAUCAGGGCUAAAGAAAAAGCAGCUGCUCCCUGUCUGGACAGGCUUUCGGCCUCUGCCCCCGUCCUAGUCAGCCUAUCAACAUGGCAGCCAGGCUCCCUGGGCCCACAGCAUCAAGAGAUGCCCCAGGACCUGGCGGGUUUUGCUCAGUGGUUAGAGCACUGGCCUUCGGACUGAAGGGUCUGGGGUUUAAUUCCAGGCAAAGGCACAUACUUUGGUCACAGGCUCGUUCCCCGGCCCUGGCCAAGGCACAUAUGAUGAUGUGUCUCUUUCACACUGAUGUUUCUAUCUCUCUCUCUCUCUCUGAAAAACAAACAAAAAAACAAAACAAGUACCCCAUGCUCCAGGACCCUGUCACCUCUCUGCCUUGCCCCCCCUCCUCCAGCACAGCCUCCACCUUCCCAGGCUCUGUGGGGACAGAACAGCCCUGCACACCCUCCCUCCUCCUGCCCUCUUCACCCCUCACCCAGUGUGCAGUCUGUUUCUUGUCUGCUCCAGGGCUGGUCUGUUUCGCACAUUGCUGGGUCCUACUGCCUGGCACACGGGACACCCACGUACUUGCUGAAUAAAUGAAGAGCAGUGUACAAUCUCCACUUCCCUUUACAUCUCAGAGUUCAGCAAACAUGUAUACAAGGUGACUUGUGCAAUUGGAAGUUGUUCUGUGAACAGGACCCGGCACCAGGAGCUGAGCAGGCUGAACACCUGCCGGGAGAACAGGAGCUGUACAUGGUCUGAGACCAGGGGUGCGCAGACACCCUACAGGCCAUUUCCAGAGCAGGGUCAGGGCCACUGUGACGCUGGAUGAAAGCUGGCUGGGAUGAGAAACUGAACAGCUGUACCCGCUCAUAGAAUAUGAGGUGAGCUCCCCAAAGAGAAGGGGCAGGACUUUCCUGGCAAAGGAAAGUGGCUUUAAACUGUAGGACACCUUGGGGCAACAGGAGGGGUUAGAAGGGACUCAGCCAAGGCCCCACGGAUUAAGACAUUUGGUGACUCCAGAUGCAAGAAACCGUAUGCCCAGCAUCCACCUCACCGCAGCCCAGGACCCCUGCCUCCUCGGCGAGCCCCGUAAACACGGAGGCAGCGCGCUCCGAACCCCAGCCGGGGAGAGGCGGGCAGAGCAACUACGGGUCCACGGCAG